GCGGAGCCCGGGAGUCACUGCUCGGGAUCAGGGAGCUGCAGCAGAGGAGCUCGGGCUGGCAGUUGUCACUAGUGGGGACAGGUGGGAUGGCUGCUGCAGGCUGCUGUGCCCCAUGGUCGUGGACGUGAGGGCAUUACUGGACUUCACCCUGUGCCGCCGCCUUCUGCCACAAUGAGCACCUUACCCUUCACCCAGUGACUGGACUGAUCCCAAAGAAAACUGGACGAUUGGGGUUUGAAAUGAACUCAGAGGCAGGAGGAAAGCGCACUACUAACCUAGCCAACGAAAAUUCCACAUUCAACAUGGUUUCUGACACCAUUCAGGAUGGCCCCAGCAUAAGGUCUCGACCGUCCAAAAAAGGAAUCGCAUUUGGGAAACGAUCCAAUUCUAUGAAGAGGAAUCCAAAUGCUGAGGUCACAAAGACAGGCUGGUUAUAUAAACAGGCCAGUUCUGGAGUAAAGCAGUGGAACAAGCGGUGGUUUGUCCUUGUUGAUCGUUGCCUCUUCUAUUACAAAGAUGAAAAAGAAGAGGGGAUUUUGGGAAGCAUUCCCCUGCUGAGUUUUCGCAUCGCUCCUGUCCAACCAUCGGAUAAUAUCAGUCGGAAGCACACCUUCAAGGUAACAGUGUGCUGGGUUGGGGAUGAAACUUUCCAUAAUGAAGCCCAAAUGUCUCGACAGGCGGAACACGCUGGCAUUCGCACGUAUUACUUUAGUGCAGAAAGCAGAGAAGAACAGGAGGCUUGGAUACGAGCAAUGGGGGAGGCAUCACAAGUACACAACCCUCCGACUCCUAGAUUGGAAAGGCAGAACAGUGAAAAUAUACCUCCUGUGAGGGAUCGUGAUCCAGAAACCAGAAGCCGAGGUGAAGGAGAUGGGAGAGGUUCUGAAAAGCUGGAGAGAAGGUCAGAGUGCAGAAAGGAACCUAUGACUAAAGUAAAUGGGACAGGAACUUCUUCUGAAAGGCUUCCGGACCUGGAGCCUCCCAGACACUUGCCAGAAGGAGAACGCCCCCCGCAGCCGAAUGGUUGGGGUUUUGUUUCUUCUCCAGGCCGCCCAGCCAGCACUGCUUUUCCAGAGGGCAAUGGACAACGAAGGGGAAACUUUUCACGCACCCACCCAGAGAAAGUUGCACAGAGACAAAACUCGAUGUCACAAUUACAGCAGUGGGUCAACCUGCGCAGGGCGACCGCUCCUACAGAAGACCUGCAAAGCCCCAGCAGAUACUUCCCAGGAUCACACCGCAUGCCUGAUUACUAUCCUCAGUACGCAUCUCAGUAUUCUGAUGGCUAUCAGUAUUUCAGUCCUGCGGGAUCACGACCAGACAGCAUUUGCUCCAUGUCAGCUUUCCCACAAUGGGCUUUAGAGGAAAAGCAUCAGGCUCUUCGCAAUGGAAUACCUUAUCAGCCUCGGGACUGGAAGGAGCCUGGUGUUUAUGGACGCCCAGCAGAAUUGUGGGGCCCUCGACCAGCUUUAUACUACAAUGAGGUGGAUGCUGCUUGUGGAUCUCUCAGACGCCUUUCCAUGCAGCCUCGUUCUCGUUCAGUACCACGAUCUCCUAGUCAGGGAGCUUACAGUACUCGUCCAAGGGUCUACUCUCCUGUGCGGUCCCCAAGUGCACGCUUUGAAAGCAUGAGUCGGGAUGAAAGCUUUGGAGAUCCAGCUGCAUACACCAUGAGGCGCUCAAUUAGCUCUCCUAAACAGUCUUCUGGUCAGCCAUUGACCAAACGUGACUCCGAAUGUCCCUCAAGUUUGCAGGAUGGGGACCGGAAGACCACUGAAGGGAGCCAGAUUGGUGGAGGGCAGUAUGACUAUUUGGGAGACCGGCGACCAGGACCUGCUGGAAUAUACUCGUACAGCUAUCCAUCGUCCCCUCCUCUUCAUGACAAAAUGGUCUCUCCUUAUGCGGAUCCAUACAGAGAAGCUCUGCAGAGCUACCAGUUCAAUGAGCAGGACACAGAUAAACUCCUGGGUAGGCUGUGUGAGCAACAUAAGGUGGUGAGGGAGCAGGACCGGCUAGUGCAGCAGCUCCGAGCCGAGAAGGAGAGCCUCGAGAGUGCACUUAUGGGAACUCACCAGGAGAUGGAGAUGUUUGGCAAUCAGACAGCGUUUCCAGAAAAGUUACUGCAUCGGAAGGAAUCCCUCCAGAACCAGCUGAUCAGUAUCCGUGUGGAGCUCUCACAGGCCACCACGGCAUUAAACAAUAGCAGCAUGGAGUACGAGGUGCUGGAGGCGGAGGUCUCUGCUUUACAUGAUGCUUUGUGGGAGCAGCUGAACCUUAACAUACAGAACGAAUUAAUGAAUAGACACAUUCAAAGGGAAAUCUGGAGGAUUCAAGAUGUAAUGGAAGGCCUAAGGAAAAAUAACCCCUCCAGGGGGACAGACACGGCCAAACACAGAGUAGCUGCAGGGCCUUCAACAACAUUCACCUCUAAUAGUCCAGCAAGCCCAUUGAGCUCUGCCAGUCUCACCAGCCCCCUCAGCCCAUUUUCCCUCAUCUCAGGAUCUCAGGGAUCACCUACCAAGCAUACUACAAGUGAAGACUCGGGCCCCCCUCGGCCCCCUCUCCCUCUUUCGUACACUCCCCUGGAUUCUCCUCCAGCUGUCCCUCCACCCCCGGGGGAGGGCCGCUUCCAGCCUUGGCCUUACCCUAUCUCUCCCUGCUGGCCACACAGUGAGUUGAAGUCAAGUUUAGAGUCAUAUAAGAGAGAGUCACCUCAUCUCUCAACAUCUCUCCCCAAUGAAGGAGUCCCUUCCACGCAGACAAAGCCAGACCCAGAGAAUGAGAAGCAGCAGGCUAUCAAUAAAGUUGGAAUUGUCCCUCCACGAACUAAGUCACCAAAUGAAGAAGGACCAGUGACAAAACCAGCCGUGGUGAGACGAGGGGGUAGCCACACGUCAAAUGGACAAAUCUCACGGGAGCGUCCAAAGAGUGCACUGUUUCCCAGUGAAGUAAAGUCUAAAAUGAGUGUGGAGGAACAGAUUGAUCGAAUGAAGCGUCAUCAAAGUGGCUCAAUGAAAGAGAAGAGACGGAGUCUUCAGCUCCCUUCUGGUCAGCCGACAGAACCCAGCACUGCAAAACCAGCAGGCUCAUACCGAGUGGUGCGGAGACAUCGUAGCAUUCAUGAGGUAGACAUUUCAGACCUCGAAGCUGCUAUCCGAUCCCAAGAGACCCAAAGGGUAUAUGAAUCUCCACGAGAAGAAAUUGCCCGUCUGCGCAAAAUGGAGCUGGAUCCUCAGGGCUUUGAUAUGGAUAUCAACAGAGAGCUCUCCACCCCAGACAAGGUGCUCAUUCCAGAGCGUUACAUUGAUAUGGAACCUGACAGCCCUCUGAGCCCAGAGGAGAUGCAGGAGAAGCAGAGGAAGGUGGAACGGAUAAAAACACUUAUCGCCAAAUCAAGUUUGCAGAAUGUUAUUCCAUUGAGUGACUCUGAGAUGGAGUUGCCUCCAGAUCCUGAAUCUCAGCUUCAGGAGCAGGAGAAGCGCAUUGAGUUAUCCUGCACUCUGGCUGCAGAAGCUUCUCGUCGUGGUCGUCUUCUGUCUGCAAUGUGGUGCCACCCCGCAGCCCCCCUACGUCUCCCACGUCCCCAGCUCCUCAGACCUUCCCCUCUUCUCCUGAGCGCACGGCUCUAGGGAGCGGCAGCAACAGCAGUGACAGCGCUGAGGAAUACGGGGCGAACAUCAUGUGUGUCUGAGCCACAGUCUCAGGCAGCCACAGCUGCAAAGUUACACAGAGCCUAGUUGUAAUAUAGGCUCUCCUUGUGCUGCUCCCACCUGAUGCCAGAUCUCAACGCAGUUCUCCACACUCAAUGGAACCCGCACCAUCAGUGAAGAGAAGAGCCUGGAAUGGGAGAUGCAUUGCAGCAUUCAUGGAAAAGCAAUGCCCAGUUCUUUACCAAUCUUGUCACCAUUUGGUAUAUAGAUAAUUUACUUAUUGCAGAAUAUGCUGAUAUAUGCAAGGACAUAUCUAAGAAUCUACAUGAGAAUCACCAAGCCGUUCUGCUAGAAGAAUUUAUCACUUUUGUCAUGGCGGUCACAACAGCUCCAUAGGAUGUCACUUAUGAAGGAACUAGGCCACCAAAAUCAUCUACCAGAUGACUGACCUGUAUGAUUCAAGUGACUUUAUGGCUCAUCUAAUGCUCGUUUUUAACAAUGAACGCCUGCAGCAUCUCUCCAAGCUUGAGCUGCGUUUUCUUUGUAAAGCAAUAACCACAUCUGAAUAGCAUUCCCAUAGCCCUUCUGCUAUAUUCUAUGUAUAUAUUGUGCCAGGAUAACCAGUAACCUGCCACAGCCAUUUUGCAUAGUGUACAAAGCAUAUUGUUCUCUAUAUAUAGCUAUAUAUAUUUUACUUUAUGAUAAAGAAUAUUUAUUGUAUGUAUAUAAUUAUGAUAUGUAAUGGUCGUAUAGGUUAUGAAAGCUAAAGACCUAUGGGCCAUGUACUAUUUCGGGAUCAAGAGAUCAGACACUGAGUGGAUCGAAGGAGCUCUUUCCAGUAACAUUGCAUCCCAAAAUAAAUGCCUCACAAAGUCUGUGGACCAUUUCUAGCUAUGUCUUUUUUUUUAUUUCUAACUGAUGUGUAAUACAUUUAGCUUAAGUAACAAAUUAAAACAUUGAAAAAUGU